UCAGAGUGCACGCUGCACUGUUUUCCUUUCACAAUAAUGGACGAGAAAAAGUUAGCAGUAAGCUGCAAGUUAGCAGUCCAGAUAUAAUCAAGAAAAGUGUCCAGUAUAUUGUUAGUCAGUAUUAAGUCUUUUUCGAUCAGCAAUCGGUUUUUCGAUUCUGUCAGUUUUAUUGCUGCGACUCUUGACACACCCAGAAACAACGGAGCAGUUUAUUACAAAUAAUAUCUACCGUUCGUCUUCGGGAAAUCAGAUUUGAUUAAAACCAACAGCAUCAUGAAGACAUUUGUAUUGUUCUUCCUAUACUCGUUGAUCACGGAGGGUGUGUUUGGUAAGUCAGUGUCAUUGACAUUGACUGAGGGAGAUUCUGUCACUCUACACACUGGUCUCACUGAAAUACAGAAAAAUGAUGAGAUAGAGUGGAGGUUUGAUCUCCAUCGCAUAGCUAGAAUAAAAAAAGACAAAGAAUCCCCAGAAUAUGAUGAUAAUCUUAAUCGGAGAUUCAGAGGCAGACUGCAGCUGAACGUUAAGACUGGAGAUCUCACCAUCACCAACAUCAAAACCACAGACACUGGAGUUUAUAAAGGAUCCAACAGCACCAGCAUCUUAGAGGAAUUAUUCAUUGUCACUGUUGUGUCUGUAGAUCAAAAGCACUCAGUGCUGGUGGGAGAGUUUGUCACUCUACAGACUGGUCUUACCGAUACACAGAAUUAUGAUGUGUUACGGUGGAAGUUUGGACCUCAACACUCUACUAUAGCUGAAGUCAAUAUAAAGGAUGGAAAAGUCUCUACAUUUGAUAAGACAUUCACAGACCGACUACGGCUGGACUAUCGGACUGGAUCUCUGACCAUCACAAACACGAGAACUAAAGACUCUGGACUUUAUGAGAUUGACAUCAUCAAAAGCAGCAGUUACACCAUACAGAAGUCAUACAAUGUGACUAUCAGCGGUGAAGUGAAGUCACUAUCAGUGAAAGAGAGAGACUCUGUUAUGCUACACACAGAUACUGAAAUACAGUAUGAUGAUUCCAUACUUUGGAUGUUUGGAGACAUUGUCAUUGUGUCAUGGUCAAUUUAUAAAGCAAAACGACAUGUCUCCAUAUAUAAUGGUCCAGAUGGGAUAUUCAGAGACAGACUGAAGCUGGACGAUCAAAAUGGAUCUCUGACCAUCACAAACAUCACAACUCAACAUGCUGGACUCUAUAAACUACAGAUCACCACCAGCAGACACACCGUAAAUAGGAAAUUCCUUGUUAAUGUCAAAGCUUUUACAGAUCUGCCUUCAGGUGGUGAAGCAGGAAUAGGUGUUGGGUUUGUGAUCGGGGCUAUAGUUGUUGCAGCUGUAGCUGGUUGUGUGUAUUUCUGUUACUGCAGGAGUUCUGUACUAAAAAGGCUAGCAUAUGAAGACAAGACACUCCCAGUGAUGAAGGGAGGUUCUGUUAUUCUCGAGACUGAUGCUAAAGUACACAGAGAUGUUCUGAUACUGUGGGUGCGGGAAGCCACUGUCAUAGCUGAAAUCAAUGGAGGGACCAGAAAGUGCUCCAUAUAUGAUGAUGUUCUUAAUAAGAAAUUGAGAGGCAGACUAAAGCUGGACAAUCAAACAGGAUCUCUGACCCUCAGGGACAUCACAACUGAACAUGCUGGACAAUAUUCAUUAAAGAUGAUAAGAGGACAAAGUGUUUCAUUCAAGUCAUUUUAUGUUAAUUUGUGCGAUACAAUGGAGUCAGUGUCAGUGAUGAAGGGAGAUCCUUUCACUCUACGAUCUGGUCUUACUGCAAUACAGGAAGAUGAAGUGAUACAGUGUUUGUUUGGAGACAAGGGCAAUCCCAUAGCUCAAAUCAAUGGAUGGGCCAAAGAAAGCCCUAAAUAUUAUAAUAAUGACAGUUUCACAGGCAGACUGGACAUGAAUUCUGAAACUGCAUCUCUGACCAUCACAGACAGCGAAACCAAAGACUCUGGAGUUUAUGAACUACAUAUUUUCACACCCGAAAAAAAAAUAGCAAAGUUUUUCAGUGUUACUGUCUCUGACCCUACUAUAGAUGCAUCUUUAUUGAUUUGAGACGAUUCCAACAACUUCAGUAUGCAGUUGUACAGUACGACUGUAACAUCAUUCAAAAUAAAUCAAAAUCAUAUUUUGGUCAUAUGGUCAUAUUCAUACCCAUGUGCUGUUGAGCAGUUAAAUAAUAGUAAAACAGAAUAAAUGUAGAAACAUUUCAUUUAUUAUUAAGUUGAAGGACGUACACAUAGAUCUUUAUAAUAAUUCUCGUCUUUAUUUGAUCCUUUAAUGUUAAACAUCUAUACAUCACUUUUCAUACCUCUUACUCUAUUCAUAUAAUGCUGUUUCUGCAGGUAUUAAUUGAAAUAUCUCAUGAGAAAUAUCAUGUAUAGAUUGUAUAAGAAAAUGUAUUAUACCAGUAUUCUGACUGGCAUACAUUCCCCCAACCCCCCAAUUUAGUAUUAUAUUGCUUUUCUGAUUGCUUAUAUUGUAAUCCGUAUAUCGUUUUAAUCAUAUACUGCAUAAUUGCAUUUAUAUUCUAUUCAUCUAUAUUUUGUAUCGUCAGAAGUGAAUUUGCCCAUCUGUCUCUGAUCAGAUGUGAAUGUUAAAUAGUAAAAUCUGAUAAUUGAUCAUUUAGCUCUAUUUUAUACCUUAUUGAUUUCUGAUUGUUGUUUUUUUUUUUUUAAGAAUAGAAGCUUUGGUUUGAAUUU